GAACGAGGUCAAUUGUGAAUCUUGAAACUGUCAGGGCACACCUUGAAUGCAGCCCUGCCCCGGUGAAUGACAACUAAAAAGGCAAGACAGGCAACAAUUUCCAAAAGUUUGAGGUUCUUGAAAAUAAUGGCAAAAAAAGCAAAAACCAUUAAGGAGGAGUACGAAUCCCAGGAGCUACUGUCGCUGGAUGAACCCAUCAUAUAUCCCCCGGAAUUUACGGUGAAGAUGGACAACACGGCUAGCUCCAACGAGGAAAGCGGUGAGGAGACCGCAAAAGAUGGUCAUCAGGAUCGCAAGAACUGGGACUCCUUCGACCCCGAAAUGGAUGAGAAGGCUGAGAGGGAGAUGGAGGAGGCAGAUGUUCGGAACAAAGACACCGAGGAGGACCUGCGCCAGAUGAAUGAGCUGAGUCUCCUCUCGACUGCCGCCAUGAUAGCCUACAUCCAGGGCCUGGAGUCACAGCUCUUCGAGUUGGGUCAGCGCGAGGCCCGUGAGCUCACCCGGAGCAAACACCUGCGCAUCUUCGGCGCCCCUCGCCGUCGCUCCAACAAGUGAAAAAAUGUAACCUAAGUGCCAAAUCAGCUUAUGCCGCUGCUGCUGCUCCUGCUGCCUUUGCUGACUUUGAUGGCAUCUGAUAUCGAAUAAAGGUUCGUCAAUGAAA